AUGACAAAUCCAAAUCAAUUCAUAAUAGACGCAUUAGAAUUAAUAAUCAAAAAUAGGAGUAGUUAUCAUUUUCAAAGGAAUUUAAAAGUAGCAAUUGAUAGUAUUAAAUUAUACCCAAUGCCACUGAAAACAAAAGAUGAUAUUAAACUUUUAAGAGGGUGUGGUCCGACAAUUGUUGAUAUCAUUUUUCAAAUAAUUCAAAGUAAUAAAAAUAAUAAUAAUAAUAAUAAUAAUAACAAUAACAAUAACAAUAAUAAUAAUAUUACCAAUAAUAACAAUAGUGAUGGUGGUAUUCCAAAAGAACUUGAAAAUUAUAUAGCACCAGAAUCAGUAAAAGAAUUUUUAAUAUCAAUUGAUCAAAGUUUUGUUCAAUAUUUACCAAAACUUGAAGAAGCAGGUUAUAAUAAAUUAAAUUUCUUAAAGAAUUUAAAUGAAAAGGCUAUGGAUAAAUUAUCAAUACCAUUAGGUCACCAAACACCAAUAUUAGAAAAUGCGAAAAUUUUAAAAUUAUACUAUGAUUAUACAAAACUAAAUAAUAAUAGUAAUAAUAUUAUUAAUAAUUAUAGUUUAGAUGGUAAUAUGAUAACUUUAAUUGGUAAACCAUAUAUUGAUAUUGACGAUUUAAAAAAGAAAUGUUCAGAAGAUGUUUUUUUAAAAGCAUUAAGUUCAUUAUUUAAUCAUAAGAUUAAGACGAUACAUGUUGAACAUAAUGAAAUAACAGCAAUCACUGAAAGUCAUUCAAUUCCUAAUACAACAUAUAAAAUUAGAUUUGAAAUUUCACCUGAUGGUACAAUAGUUAGAGAUCAUUGCGAAUGUAGAUAUCUAAAUAGUACAAGAUGGUGUAAACAUAAAGUAUCAGUAUUUUUAAUAUUUAAUGAAAAUACUGGUGAAAGAGGUAAAAGACUAUAUUGUCAAUCAACUUCACCAACAUCACCAACAUCACCAACUUCACCAACAUCACCAACAUCACCAACCCCACCAAAGCCAUCAAGACCAGUAACGAAAUUAUCACCAAUUACAAGCUUAACAUCUAAAAAAUCCCCAAAUAAUAAUAAUAAUAAAAAAGAAUAUACACCAGCACAUAGAUCAGGAGCAUGGGCAAUUUUACUUGCAUUAUAUGAUAAUGAAAUAUCAAAUGGUAAUGAUAAUGAUAGAGGUAAAAGAUACCUUUUAAAAGAAGAAAUAUUAAGUAAUGGUAAUAAGUAUCUUUCAUCUGGUAGAAUGGAUACAGGUGGACAUUGGCUUUCGAAUAAAACAUUAAUUGAUCAUAAUUUAAUUAGUAAAUCUGGUUCACCACUUCAAUUUAUAUUAACAAAAACAGGUUAUGAAUUAGCAAGAAAAUUGAAAUCAUUUGAAGAUAGUUCCACUGAUAAUAAAAAUAAAGAUGAUUGUGAUAAUAAUAACAUUGAUAAUGAUAAUGGUAGUAAUAGUAGUAAAGAUGAAGGUAGUGAUGAAAGUUGUGAUAAUGAUAAUCAAAUAACUAUCACUACAAUUGAUAAAAGAAAUCCCAAUUGGAAAACACAAUUAAAAAAUAAAACCAAUAAUAUUAAUAAUAAUAAUAAUAAUAAUAAUACAAAUAUUGUUAAAAAUAAUAAUAAUAACAAUAAUAAUAAUAAUAAUAAUAAUAAUAGUAAUAAUAAAAAUAAUAAACGUCGUGAUAGUGAUAAUAAUGAUAAUUUUAGUAAUGGUAGUGAAGAACGAUUAUUUUUAGAAAGGGAAUUAUUUAAUGAAAAUUGGAGUGAUUCUGAUGAAGAGUUAACUCAAUUUAUGGUUGAUAAUACAGUGUUUCCAAAUUCAAAGGUUAAAGAAUUAUUAUAUAAUGAAAGGGAGGUAAUAAUUGAUAAUGUUUUAUUAAUUGUAGAUAAUAGAGAAGUAAUGGAUAAAGAUCAAUCAGAUUUAUUGGAUAAACUUAGAAGUUCAAAUAUUCAACUUGAAAUUAGAAAAUUACCAAUUGGUGAUUUCAUUUUCAUUGCAAAAUGUAGAUAUAAUAAUAAUAAUAAUAAUAAUAAUAACAAUGAUAAUGAUAAUGAUGAUAAUGGUAAUAAUAAUAAUAAUAAUAAUAAUAAUGAUAUUGUUAUAAAUAGAGAACCAUUUGAAUUAAUGUAUGAUAUAAUAAUUGAAAGAAAGAAAUUAGCAGAUUUAGUAUCAUCUAGAAAGGAUGGUAGAUAUAGAGAACAAAAACAAAGAAUAAAAACAUUGAAAAAGUUUGGAUUGACAAAUGCAAUCUAUUUGAUUGAAGGUGACAAUUCAAAUGGUGCAAUUCAUACAGAUAUUUAUGAAGACUCAAUAAUGGAGACAUUGAUAGAGGAUGAAUUCAUAGUUCAAUUAACUGAUGGAUUGGAUUUAACAAAAGAGUAUCUUUUGAAUCUUUAUGAUCAUUUCAAGAAAUCAAAGUAUCGGUCACUUUCGACAUUAAGAUUCGCAGAUUAUGAACAAAUUCAACAAGUAUCAUGUUCAAUGAAAUUAAAAGAUUUAUUCGCUCUACAAUUACUUCAAAUCGAUGGUGUUACACCUCCAAAAGCAAAAGCAAUCAUUAAUAAAUACCCAACACCAAGACAUUUGGUUGAAGCUUAUAAUAAUUUAAUUAAUGAAAUUGAAACAAGUGAUGAGGAAACUUUAAAUCAAUCAAAAAAUUCUCAAGAUAAACUAUUGGAAAAUUUAACUUAUUCUCAAAGAUUUAAUGGUAAAAAAUUAAAAAUUGGUCAUGACAUUUCAAAAUUAAUUUCAAUUCUUUAUAAUGAUGAAAAUCAAUAUCAAUUUGAUUGA